CGGCCGUCCUCCCCCGCCUCCCGUCCCGCCUCUCCGGACCUGCGCGGGACGCGGGUGGUUUGCUGCCUGAGCGGGCGGCUCAGGGACUUGAAGUCGGCCCAGGCAUCGCCCGGGAAGGAGUCGCGACCCCAGGCUGCUGUCCGCCGGGGCAGUGCCGGAGCGUCGGCCUGUGGAGCACGGCCGGGGAGGCGCAGCCCCCGGAACCCCGAGGCCUGGGCGAGGUGAGCGACGGAGGGUCGGCAGAAUGCGGGACGGAGGGAGGACCGGGGCCUCGGGAGGAUGCGGCGCCGGGGCACGGGGCACAGGCCCGAGAGGCGCGAGCGGGGCCUUUGUGGGCGGGCGGGGGCCGAGGUCCGGCACCCCCGAUGUGCCCGCCUGCCCCGCACCGGCGGUCCCGCGGACGUGCGCAUGACCGCGGCUGGUCGGGCACUUGUCCCCACUGGCCCAGGCCCCGGUCACCCUCCUGCUCCCUCCGGACCCGUGCCCAGCGCGCUACCUGCGGGGCCCUGCCGGCGUUUGGAUUUGCUACCGGCUGUCAGUGAAUGUGAGGAACUGUGUUUCCGCCCCUCCCCGGCGCCGCUCCCCUCCCGGGCUGCAGGCGCAGAGAUGUGUUUUCGGAUAGAAGUGAGUUGCCGGCUUCCCUCCAGGACAGAACCUGGACUGGAACCCAGGUUUUCGGAUUCUGUGCCUGCUCCUCCAGACGGCAGUCCUCUGGCCGCCGUGGGAAAACUGCUGUCAUCCCUUUCCGAAGCACUUUUCUCUGAAAACCUGGAACAAGAUUCCUUGACAGAAGGGGGAGGAGUCGGGCGGGGGGCAGCUUGAGGUGGAGAAAAGUUGUCCCCUGCGGGCAGUGAGGUUAGAGCAGGUGCUCUGGAGCGCGCGGUAUGGAUCCCGGUGCGCCCUCGCUGGCUGUGUGCACUGGGGCAGGUGGCUCCCGCUCUGCCCUCAGUUUCCUGAUCUGUAAAACAGGCGUGGACAAUGCCAGCUGUGCUGCGGGACUGAGCCAUGUGGGCGGUGCCUGGCCCGCGGGGAGGUUCAGUGAUUGAUUGCUGCUGCUACUGCAGCUGGAGUCCUAGGGCCUUUUUCUCUGAGCCACACGGGGAAGGGUUGGGGCCCGAACCCUUGUGGGCUGGCCCUUGUCUCUGGGGCUGUCUACCCCCAGCUCCUUCUGACUUCCCUCUCCCAGGGCACGUGGUGUCAUUCUCAGGUGGUGUAAGGAUUUCAGAGCUGGUGAUUCUCAGGGCUGGAAAGCAGAAGGGGCUUCUCUCUCGUGGCUCCCUUUUUCCUCUUCCAGAUCUGCCUUCUGGAGACUGAAUCCAUCCUCCGGGAAGAGCCCAGAAAGAAGAUAUGGCUAUGGGACCGAGGGAAGCAAGGUCACGAUUGACACAGGGCCUGGUUAAUACUUCAUGCUGUUUAGUUGUCACUGGCCGAUGUUCAUUAAACAAAUGACCUGAGACCUUCAGAAACCAGAAUGACACAGAAGCAUUUCAUGGGGGCGCCAUAGUUAACCAUCUGCCUUUGGCUCCAGUCAUGAUCUCAGUGUCCUGGAAUCAAGCCCCAGGUGUCGGUGACCUUUGAGGAUGUGGCUGUGCUCUUUACGCGGGAUGAGUGGAGGAAGCUGGGUCCUUCUCAGAGAAAUGUGUACCAGGAAGUGAUGCUGGAGAACUACACUAACCUGGUCUCACUGGGACUCCUGUUUUCCAAACCAAAAGUGAUCUCCCUGUUGCAGCAAGGAGAAGAUCCCUGGAAGGUAGAGAAAGAAAGUCCUGGAGGCCCCUCUCUAGGGUGGAAGAGCAGUCACAAAACCACGAAGUCAACUCAGACGCAAGAUUGUUCUUUUCAGGAGCUGAUAAUGAGAAGAUCCAGAAGAAAUGGACCCUGGGACUUUAAAUCAGAAAAACCCUGCAUUUAUGAAGACAGAUUAGACAAAAAGCAGGAGAAAAAAGAAAGUAUUCAGGCAGUUUCAGUCACCCACAAAAAAAUCCUCAUUGUAGAAAGAAGCCAUAAAAAUAACGAAUUUGGCCAAAACUUCAGCCCAAAGUCGGUCCUUGUUAGGCAACAGAUGGUUCCCAGAGAAAAAACACCACCAAAAUGUGAAAUACAAGGAAACAGCUUCAAACAGAAUCCUUUGCUUAAUCAACCAAAAAUCACCACCACAGAGAAACGCUAUAAAUGUAGCAUAUGUGAGAAAACCUUCAUUAACACUUCAUCCCUUCGCAAACAUGAGAAAAACCAUAGUGGAGAGAAAUUAUUUAAAUGUAAAGAAUGUUCGAAAGCCUUUAACCAAAGUUCAGCUCUCAUUCAGCAUCAAAUAACUCAUACUGGAGAGAAGCCCUACGUGUGUAAAGAAUGUGGGAAAGCCUUCACUCUGAGUACAUCCCUUUACAAACACCUAAGAACCCACACUGUGGAGAAAUCCUAUAGAUGUAAAGAAUGUGGUAAAUCCUUCAGCAGAAGGUCUGGCCUUUUUAUACAUCAAAAAAUCCACGCUGGAGAAAAUCCCCAUAGAUAUAAUCCAGGCAGGAAAGCGUCCAGCACAUCCCUUCCUGGAUGUCAGAGAAUCCAUCUCAGAAAGAAGUCUUAUUUAUGUAAUGAAUGUGGCAAUACCUUUAAGUCUAGCUCAUCCCUUCGUUAUCAUCAGAGGAUUCACACAGGAGAGAAACCUUUUAAGUGCAGCGAAUGUGGGAGAGCCUUCAGUCAGAGCGCGUCUCUUAUCCAGCACGAACGGAUUCACACUGGAGAAAAGCCCUAUCGAUGUAAUGAAUGUGGAAAAGGCUUUACUUCUAUUUCACGACUUAACAGACACCGGAUAAUUCAUACCGGCGAGAAGUUUUAUAACUGUAACGAAUGUGGUAAAGCCUUAAGUUCCCACUCGACACUUAUCAUUCAUGAAAGAAUUCACACUGGAGAGAAACCAUGUAAGUGUAAAGUGUGUGGGAAAGCCUUCCGACAGAGUUCAGCUCUCAUUCAACAUCAGAGGAUGCAUACCGGAGAAAGACCCUACAAAUAGAACGAGUGUGGGAAAACAUUCAGGUGCAACUCAUCCCUUAGUAAUCAUCAGAGAAUUCACACAGGAGAGAAACCAUAUCGAUGUGAGGAAUGUGGGAUUUCUUUUGGCCAAAGUUCAGCUCUUAUUCAACAUCGGAGGAUUCAUACAGGAGAGAAACCCUUUAAAUGUAACACAUGUGGGAAAACUUUCAGACAGAGCUCAUCACGUAUUGCCCAUCAGAGAAUUCAUACUGGAGAGAAACCCUAUGAAUGCACUACAUGUGGGAAACUUUUCAACCACAGGUCAUCUCUUACCAAUCAUUACAAAAUCCACAUCGAAGAGAACCCCUAGAGAGUAGAUUUGCAUGUGUGAAAGCCUUAAACCAAAGCUCAGCAGAAUACACGAGAGUGAUAUAACGAAAGUAAUGGAUAGGAAAAACCUUUCUGUGAUGUAGGCCUCGUCAGCUACCAGAUUCCAAGGAUAAGCCUUGACUAUGUAACAGAUAAUGAGGAAAGUAGAAAGUGUUCAUGCCUGCCAGGCACUUUUGAAAAUAACCUGAAAUGAAGAAUUCACAGCUGGAGACACUGACUUUGGGCAUUUGUAAAAUAAUUCUUCUACAGCAGUGUAUCGGAGAUACCAUAUGUGGUUGUCGUAAACAUCUGGGUGAGGGGAGGUGUGCACUGGAUUUCUCCUUAAAAAGAAACUUAUAAUAAAUUGGUAAUACUUUUUUUUUACAACUAACAUUUAAUAGCAUAUAAAAAAUGUGAUUGAAUUAUACACUUUUAGAGAAAAGGACCAAAUAAAAGAAAAAAAGUUGUGAACUACCUCUCUGUUUCUGGGGUUUGCCCUUUUCCUGACCUGAUGUCAAACUCUGUGCAUGGAUUUCAUUUAAAAAUAGAAAUAAAAGUCUGUUCUCUUCA